AUGUGCAUUGUUUAUUAGGAUUAAUGCCAAUCUAUUGAGUUUAGACUUUUUUUCUUGUGAUUUUCAUCAUUUUACGGAUGAUCAGGAGUUUUGUCAAGGAUGAUCAAUGGUAAUAAGUGAUUUUAUCAGAUCUGUUGGAAAACAAUUAGAGAUAGAUAGCUUGUGAGGUAUGGAUCAGUGAAAAUCAGACAAGCAGUAUGGGAUUUAUACUUUUCCAUAUGUUUGGGUAUAAGAAAACUUUUUAAAUGAACAUGGAUAUUAAAAAAGUAAAUAUUUAAAUACUGAGAAAAGAUUUUUAGAAAUUAUUUUCUUUAUGAUACCUUUUUGGAGUAGAUCAUUUCAACAGGAGAUAUGGUGGUUGGAUUUAAAUUCUUUUGACGAAAUUUCUAUCGAAGGAGGGUAUUCUAUUUCAUUCUGUUCGUGAUUGGCAGUUUAAAAACUAUGUAUAUAGGAAAGAAUAUUGAGAAAUUUUGAUUUUAAAAUUUCCUUGUAUGUACAUUCCAAAAAGGUGAGGAUCUUUUAAGCUCCUCUUUACGUGUAAGCAUAAUGGUGAAAGAGGAUACAACUCAGUACCACGAGAUACCUGUUAUUCAGGUGGAGGGGAAAAAUAUUGACGAUCCCCAAAAUGGCAUUCCUAUGAUAAAUAUUGUGACAGAAAAAAAAUGUUUUGAGGUGACCCCUGUGGUCGUGGAUAUUGAUUUUGAUGAUGAAAAACAACCUUUGAAUAAUAAAACGGAUAAAAAAGAUUCGGCAGAUCAAAAUGGAGAUGAUGGUAACAGAAAUCGUGAUAAUGAACCAUUGGCAAGUCAUGAUGAACUGGAAAGUCCAUAUGAACAUCAGAUGGCUUUAUAUGAGGAUGAUUUACAGGCCAGAGGUAAAAUCUCACAAAUCCUUAACAGGAUCGCCAAUUAUCAAGCUGGGAUUGAACCAAACAUGACAAAAGAAUACAGUGAUAAAGACAAACAGGACAAAAGCAAGGCCAAACUAGGAACAUUAUUUGGUGUUUAUUUACCAACCAUACAGAAUAUAUUUGGUGUACUGCUGUUUAUCCGUAUGACAUGGAUUGUUGGCAUGGCUGGACUGUUUGAGAGUCUAGGAAUUGUAGUUAUCUGUUGUUUAACAACCAUGUUAACAGCUAUAUCUAUGAGUGCCAUAGCUACAAAUGGUGUAGUACCAGCUGGAGGGUCGUAUUUCAUGAUAUCCAGAGCUCUGGGUCCAGAGUUUGGUGGAGCUGUGGGGAUACUGUUUUAUCUAGGGACCACUGUGGCAUCAUCUAUGUACAUCAUUGGUUCUGUAGAAAUUUUGUUGAAAUACAUGGCACCACAGAUAUCCUUAUUUGGUGAUAUGACUAUAGAAGCCAAUGCUUUAAGUAACUACAGAGUGUACGGGACAAUGAUAUUAUUGUUGCUAAGUGUCAUCGUAUUUAUUGGUGUCAAAUUUGUCAGUAAAUUUGCUUCCUUGUCUCUAGCCUGUGUGAUAUUAUCUAUAUUCUGUAUUUAUAUUGGAUUUUUUGUAUCAAAUGCAGACAGUGGUGUGAACAUAUGUUUUCUAGGAGAUAGACUUUUAACAUCGUCAGUGUCAUAUAUAAAUGAUUCUAUGUACUGUAAUAAGAACAAUGAUAGUAGAAUAUAUGCCAAAUAUUGUAAUUUACAAGGAAAUGUGACAAUUUGUGAUGAUUACUUCAAUGAGCAUGAAACAAAAGUGAUGGCUGGUAUACCUGGCAUAGCUAGUGGGGUUAUCAAAGAUAAUUUGUUCAGUAGAUAUACAAUGAAAGACCGAGUGAUUGGUCAGGAGACCCACGGUAAUCGUCUGUAUGGAGAAGUUGUGGCAGAUAUAACUUCCAGUUUUAUGGUGCUGAUGGCCAUUUAUUUCCCAUCUGUUACUGGUAUAAUGGCUGGAUCCAACAGGUCAGGUGACUUAGCUGAUGCCUCCCGUUCUAUUCCAGUAGGAACUAUCUGUGCCAUAAUAACUACUUCUUUUGUCUAUUUAACUUCUGUGAUAUUCUUUGCUGCCAUUAUAGAAGGAGACCUCAUGAGAGAUAAAUUUGGUGAAAGUAUAGAUUCUGGUUUGGUUGUAGCUAAAUUGUCAUGGCCAAAUGAAUGGGUCAUUUUGAUUGGUUCAUUCUUGUCCACUCUUGGAGCGGGUUUACAGAGUUUAACAGGUGCUCCCAGAUUAUUACAAGCCAUAGGGUGUGACGGUGUACUGCCUUUCCUGAAUAUCUUCAGUGUAACCACUAAGAGGGGAGAACCAUUCAGGGCUCUAGUUAUGACUGUGUUGAUAUCAGAGAUAGGCAUCUGUAUAGCAAACUUAGAUUAUGUUGCUCCUAUUAUUACAAUGUUUUUCCUGAUGUGUUACGGGUUUGUUAACAUGGCCUGUGCUUUACAAACAUUAUUAAGAACACCAAGUUGGAGGCCUAGAUUCCAGUUUUAUCAUUGGACUCUAUCAUUACUGGGAUUGGCAUUGUGUAUAACAUUGAUGUUCAUCUCUAGUUGGUACUAUGCAUUGACCGCCAUUGUUAUAGCAGCUUUAAUCUACAAAUAUAUUGAAUAUAAAGGGGCAGAGAAGGAAUGGGGAGAUGGUAUACGAGGUUUAGCUAUGUCUGCUGCCAGGUAUUCAUUACUGAGGCUCCAACAGGGACCACCACAUACUAAAAACUGGAGACCACAGUUAUUAGUUUUGAUGAAAAUGGAUUCAGCUCUUACACCAAAAUAUCCCAAAAUGGUGAACUUUGCCAGUCAGUUAAAAGCUGGUAAAGGACUAACUUUACUUACUUCAGUGUUACCCGGUGAAUUCAGUGAAAAGUAUGCUGAUGCACAAGCAGCUAAACAGUCUUUAAAUAAAUUGAUAGAAACAACUGGUAUUAAAGGAUUUGCUGAUGUUGUUAUUGCUAAAGAUGUCACAGACGGACUUUGCCAUUUAAUACAGAAUGCUGGGUUAGGUGGCUUACGUCAUAAUACAGUUAUGAUAGGGUGGCCCUAUGGUUGGAGACACAGUGGAGAAGAGAGAAGUCACAAAGUGUUUAUAGAUGCCAUAAAGAAUAUCAAUGCUGGACAGAUGGCGCUGUUAGCAGUAAAGGGAAUUAAUCAGUUCCCUGAUCAUGGAGAGAAGUUAUCUGGUACCGUAGAUAUUUGGUGGAUUGUCCAUGAUGGAGGCAUGCUGAUGUUACUGCCAUUUUUAUUGAAGCAACACAGAACAUUUAAAAACUGUAAACUAAGAAUAUUUACUAUAGCUCAACUUGAGGAUAAUACAGUGCAGAUGAAGAAAGAUUUAGAAACAUUUAUGUAUCAAUUAAGAAUUAACGCUGAAGUAGAAGUUGUUGAAAUGAGUAACAAUGAUAUAUCAGCCUAUACUUAUGAGAGAACAUUGAUGAUGGAGCAAAGGUCAGAGAUGUUAAAGGUCAUUAGGAGAGGGUCAAGGUCAGGUAGUCUAGAGCCAUCAACUCUCUUAGAUUUUUCCUCAAUGAAGACCCCUUCCAAUUUAAAAGUGAAACUAGAAACAGUACAUGAAGAUGGUCCAUCUGAGAGUUCAACAGAUUCUAUAGAUAAAAACCAAUUCACAUUCACGCCAUCAUCUAAAGCCAACUCUAAAACCACAACACCAACCGAUCCUGGUAAUAAUGAUCUGCUAAAUAUUAAACCGGAUAAAAAAAAUGUAAGAAGAAUGCACACAGCUGUUAGAUUGAAUGAAGUAAUUAUAGAGAAAUCUCAUGAGGCACAGUUAGUCAUAUUGAAUCUCCCAGCUCCUCCUAAAUCACAGGCAGGAGAACUUAACUAUAUGGAGUUUUUAGAGGUACUGACCGAAGGAAUUGACCGAGUACUAAUGGUCCGAGGAAGUGGACAUGAGGUCAUUACUAUCUAUUCAUAAGAUCAAAGUGAUGAUUUUAUGGUGCAUAAGAUACAUUGUUAUCAGUAUUUGUUAUGAGACUUUUAAAAGUGCUGAGGAUUGAUAUUGUAAAAAUAUGCAGGAGAAGAAUGUCAUUUCUUUUUUAAUAUUCCUAGACAUUAGUGCCUGACAUUUUACCAGUGUGAUGCAGCUUAGUUGAGCUUAAAACCAAAAUUAUAGAAUCUUUAUUUAUAAGUUAUAUUUGUUGCCAAGAAAAUUGUGUUCAUCUUUGUCUCAUAUCAUAUACAAUGUAGCGUAUAUCAGGUUAUUUUUGUGUUAGGUUUUGUUUGUAGUUUUAAUUUGUGCCAUAGAUAUGAAAGUUAACUUUUUAUGGCCUUGUGCAUUGGACUGUUUGCUAUAAGUAAGAUAUUUACCAUUCUAAAAUUUCCUGAUAAACAGCAGGAGUCGAUUUCACAAAAAAUAUUUAUGACUAAGAUUGAUCGUAAGUCAUUGACAAUUAAGUAUAAAUCUUAGUUGUAAGUUUCUUUGUGAAACUAACUCAUGUUAAGCAUAGUGCUCAUUCACAUACAUGUAUGUGUGAUUGUUUUGUGUGAUAGUUUUGUAUGACUGCAUGAAUGAGAAGGUAUUUUUAUUGCUUUUUUAUUUUACAAAAAUAUCUUUAGGAAAUAGUAUUUUAAAUGAAAGCGUAAGUUUGUCACUUAAAUAUUUGAAGCUAUUCAUGGUAUAAACUCCAAUUUUAUAAGUCUGUGCACUUGUGAGUAAGCACUUUACAUUUAAUGUCAAAGUGGUUCACUGUUUAAGAUGUGCACAUACUUGCUAUAUAUCACUCUCUUUAUUUUUGACUUUACUGUAGAGCUUAGGAAACUCAAAAUGGGAGUUCUAAAUAAAAUAUUUUUAUAGACCAAGUCCUAUUUUGAUAAUAAUUGUAUUAACUUUAAAAAAUUUAUAUACUGUACGACAAAUUAUUUUGGUGAAUUUCACAAGUAGAAAAAUUAUAUGAAUAUAAAUCAUUGCAAUUAUGUAAAACUUGGAUCAUUCCUUAUUAAAAAAGUAAAUUAGGAAAUCGUGAAAAUAAUGAACCAAGAAGUGGACUAAAAAGGUUAAAACGUCAAAUAAAGUAUCUUGGAAAAAAAAAUUGGUUUACAGUACUUGCAAUGCUUUUCCCAUAAAUUAGUAAUUUAAGAGUGAAGAACAUGUGUCGUUCAAUACGUUUUAAUUUGUUAUGCAUAUAUAUGUAUUUGCAGAAUGGAAUGAAAGUUCAUAUUUUAGAUAACAAAAACAUUUAUUUUACAUUGUUAAUGUACUGCAUAACUUUAAAUGUAAUCAUUUAUUUUAAAAUUAGAAAAAUGGCAUAUUUUACUGUCCCAGGUAGUAUGAUAGUUUAUACCUUAUGCAGCAAUAAUUAUAAAUGAUUGCAUUAAUUCUUUUAACUAAGCAAAGCCUUCUCUGUAAGUUAUAAUUCCAUAAGCAAUAUCAUUACCGGUAAUAAGAGUGUAAUAAAUGUAUAUUCAAAGUUUUAAUCAAAUUGGGAAUGAAAAUGGGAGUGUGUCAAAGAGUCAGCAAUCUGACCAAAAAGUAGAAAGAAAACGGCCCAAGCCACCAAUUUGAAUGCCAAAGGGCUUAAGGCAACAAUUUGAUCGUACAUAUAUAGCCUCAAUUUUUUUUAAUUUUUUUUUUUAACACCUGAAUUGUAUGAAUGAGGUGGAUGUUUUAAAAAUGAUAUCAUAGCUAUCAGAUUCCCUCACAAUUGUCACAAAGCUUUGUCUUAAGUUUUUACAAAGAAUUAUUUGUCUCCUAUUAUUUUGUAUGGAAUGUAAUUAUAUUUUUAUACUACAUGCACACGUUAUCUGUGAUCAAAUGUUUGUUUUGUUGGCUGUGAAUACAUGUAUGUAUUUAUAUUUGGUUUAGAUGUUAUUUGUUAGUCUGCUUUUAACUAGUCUAGAUUUUACACAUAAAAUUAAUAUAAUAAGGGCUAUUUAAAGAGUUUAUAUAAAGGGGGAGCAUAGUUGAAGAGUUUAUAUUACGGGAGCAUAUUGCAAGAAUUUAUAUUUUAUUGAUAUUUAUUUUAGACCAAACUAGAGUUGUAUUUUAUGAAUAAGUUAAACCAGUUGACCCAAGGUCAGUUGGUGUAAAUGAUGUCAUUGAACAGUUGGUUCUUAUUGUGACAUAAUGAUAUAAACAUUGUGACAUAAAUGAACCAACUUGAAAGUAGUGUAUUACACUUCAAUCAUUGUAUAUUUUCAUGUCUUAAGGUGGUACCCAACACUACAGGGAGAUAACUCUGUAAAAUCAGCUAAAUGUUUUAAUUACUUUGUGUUGUAAAAGGAAUAUUAAGCUUCUCAAUGAUCAAAAUUAGUGGUUGUCAAACUUCUAUAUAACCAGUGUAUUUUUUCUGAUAAAAUGCUUGGUUCAAAUGUUUUGAAAUUUUUAUAUUUUUGUCAGAUGGUCAAAGUAAAUAUAUAUUCAAAAUUUUAUGAAAAUUAAACAAGCCAAAUUAAUUUUAGUCAAUGUGUUGGGUACCACCUUAACAUACUGUAAACCAAGUUAUUUUGUUGAUACUUUAUUUUGUAUUUAGUCCUUACUAUCCCAUUUCGCAAUCUUAAAAUUGUUUGAUGUAAUUUAAUAAGGAAAGAGUCGAGCUUUACAUAUUCAAGACGAUUUAAAUUAGCGUUAUGUUUCUACUUAUGAAAAUCACGACAAUAAAAAGCUUGCGAAAAUAAGUUGGUUUACAGUAAUUUCAUAAUUUCCGGUAACUACUCUUUUAUAUAUUAUUAUCAUAAGAUAAUAUUUAUAAUAUAUUUCUUACAACUUUGAAAAGUUGUGUUUAUACAAAUGGUGCAACUAUUAUUUAUUCAUGGUAAUUAUGAAACUUUCCACUGGUUUCAUGUGCUUUGCUGUGUACUUUAGAAGUUCACUACUUAAUUAAAUUUUACCCACUUAAGUCUUUUAAUAACAUAGUUUAUAAAAAUAUUUCACAAGUACAUCACAGUUUAUCCUAUAAUGAGCUUUCAGUUCUUAACCUUAAACAUUCAUGCUUUAUACUAUAGAAUUAAUUUCAAAAUCAGAAUUUAUAUUUUUCCUAAUGCUGUUUGUAUCUUAAAAUCAAUAAAUGUACAUAUCUCUAGAUUUCUAUAAUUUUGGUGUAUUUAUAAAUCUGUGGAAAAUAUUGAUAUUAUUUUGAAUUACAAAUAUCAAUUUAAACAAAGUGAACAUUAAAAAUAAUUGAUUAGGGCAUUUAUAUUUAUAGUAAAACUUACUGUUAGAAUAUAUAUCAUGCCUUACGCCUGCCAGUUUAUCCCACCAAACAAUUGCCAAUAUAUAUACAUGCUUCAUAUACAGACGUUAAAUACUGUGGAUUCAUUAUUUUCGUGGGAAAUAAUUUUAUGUGAAUUGAGGGAAAUUUGCCUUUUUGUUGAUGGGUGAUUUCUUAUUUUAUUGAAAUACAACCCGAUAGAAAAUUUGUAAUUCUUUGAAAAAAAUAAUUUGUGAUUCACCUGAACCCACGAAAACCUUGAAAAAUUGAUAUCCAACGAAUAAUAAUAUUUUCACAGUAUAUUGUUUAAUGGUAUACAAAUGAAGUCUGUUUUAAAUGAAUCUUAUACAUUUUUCUUGUAAUUGCAAAUUAAAUGUUUAUUUAUUCAGGGCAUUUAUAAAAUUUGAUUUUUUUUUUUUUAAGAAAUGUAUACGUUGGAGUUUUACCCAUAGUUCUUUUAAAAUGACUCUUCUGUGACCAAUUAUUUUGCAUAAAAAUUGAUGAUCAAAUAACCAUGACAUUUUCUGUGAAACAUGUUCAGCUUUAACUUUUCCAAAUUUAUAUGAAAGGAAAAAAAAUGUUAUAAUUGAUAUACAUGUAUCUUCUUUCUUGCUCCUGGCUUACGUACAUAUAUCUAUUGUAAAAUGUAUGUAACAUAAUAUAUAUUUCACCAAAAGAUAAAACUUAAAUCAGUUGACUUUUUAAAUAACUAAUUGCUACCUAGAGAAGUUAAAUUUUGAUCAUGAUGAUCUAGGGACCAGUUUUAUUCAACAGAAAGAUAGGAUCUUCAACAUGUUUUUUUAUAUGACUGCAAUUUUUUUUGUUGCAUUUAGCUUUAAGUAUACAGGGUAGCUUUAAGUGUACUUUAUUUAGACUGAUAUAUUUGUAAAUAAGUCAAGAAUCUUCCUUUCAUUAGUUCUAUAUUUCAUAUUUUAAACUAUUAAAUCCCUCCCUGCAAAUAUAUCUUUUAAUAUUUACUAGUUUGUAUAAAAAGGAAAAACUUGAAAAAACAGCUCUUUGCAUUCUAUACAUGUAUUGCCCCCUCUUCAAAAGCUUGUUGUGUUUCAUAUGCUGCCAAUACAGUAUGUUCAACUUCCUGUGAGGAAAAUCAACAACAGAAUAUUUGUUUCAUUUGUCAUAGAGGCUUUUCCAUUUAAACAAAUGUGGUACCCAGGAAAGGAUAACAUCUAUAAAGGUAUUUCACUUUUCUUGAAACCCAUCAAUGGUGGACAUUUCAAAGUUGCUCUCUGGGUCCCACUUGUGUUUUUAUUGAACAGUCCAAAUUAACUAGGAACUAAAAUAAAACAGGUACUGCAAUACCUAUAUAGGUUCUAUUAUACAAAUCUGCCAAAUGUAACCAGAUGUAAAAUAAAAUAGGUACUGCAAUACCUAUAUAGGUUCUGUUAUACAAAUCUGCCAAAUGUAAACAGAUGUUAUUUAAAUCAGUAGUUUGACAAUGUAAGUCACCAAUAUCAGGAAUAUUCACAUGAUAUAAGUAAUAAGAUGGCUGUAUUUAUUAUCUUAAAAUCUAAUAUAUAUGUUAUUUCUCAAGAUUAUAUUUUCAAUUUUCUGCCAAAGAUUUCAAACAUCUGAAAGGAAAGUAGUUUGAGACUUUUGAUAACAAUUUCACACUCCUUUCAUUAUAGUUUAGGAUUUUUACACAAUCGACAUGUGUCAUGUUGGUUGUAAUGACAUUGAUUUUUUUUAAAUAUUAUUAAUUUAAAAUUAUAAUGAAAGAAAUCCAGCCAAAAUAUAGCUUUAUUUAUUGUGAUUCUAGAAAUGUAAUGAAAGUCAAAUCAAAAGUUUUAGUUAUUUUAGAUUUUGUAAUUUUGAAAUAAUAUCCCCCAAAAUGUCCAAAUUACAGUAUUUAAAGUAAAACAUGAUUGCUAGAAUAGUUGAGACCUAGUUUUAGAAGGUAACAUUUUUGAUAAAACAUUAGAUUAUUGCUGUUCUAGUCUUUUGUAUAUUUUAAGUAUAGAAUGUUAAGUAUAGAUGGUUUUUGCUCUAGUCUAUAUUUUUGUAUAUGUAAUAUAAAGUGUUGUGGAUUUUUUUUUUGUAGCUAUUUAUUUUGUAAGGUGUACAAUUUAUUGGAAAUGUUCAAUAAAAUAUCAGUAAGA